AGUUGCAGGAAUAAAGGUGAUUUCGAGCGUAGAACUGAAAGAAUAAUGGACACGAAAGACAAGGGGAAGGAGCGUUCGCAUAUCCUGACUCUGAAAGUGAUGAGGUUGACGAGACCGUCGAGUUUACAAACGCAGCCUGGACCUGUGGAUGGUGUCGAAUGUCUCAAGUCGGUCGGGUCGAAUCCAUUCGCUGAUUCCUGGAUUGAUGCAAAAAUCGACGACUCGGAUAAAAAU